AUGACAAAGCGGGGUAGAGGAAGGAGGCCUGGACUGCCACAGCGACUCCAAAGACAGUGGUCUGCUCCUCCUGAGAACCUGCGCAGGACAUCGCCUCAUCCUGACCAACACCUUACGCCUACCAACAGGGGAGAAGGCGACCUGGAUGCAGCAUCGGUCGUGACACUGGCGCCGGCUAACCAUAUCCCCGCCCGUAGGCCAAACCAUCAUGACAUGCUGGUGAGGAAGGUGAUCCCAGGUGGGUCGGACGAGCUGACCAUCGACUCGUUAUAUCCCAGAUGAAGAUUCACCCACAGCCUCGCAGGAGUCCUCAAUGCAGGCAACCACCAAGUAAGUUGAAUGUUGUUUUGCUGAAUGUGCCUGCUCACCAUCUCCAUUUCAGCAGUGAACUAGCCCAAAGGCUGGCCAAACCUCCAGUGUCCGUCGCCGUUGCCGCCGUGGAGAACCGGUGGUGUUAACUGAACCACACGUUCCAGUCAAUCGCCUUGGCUGUCCUCGGUCGCGCACGUCGCCAAAAUCAAAACUGGUUCAACGAAAAUGACGCCGCCUUCAGCAGCCUGCUCGUUGAGAAGAACCGAGCGCACAUAGCCUACGUUAAUCGCCAUACCGGUGACAACAAGCAGCAUUCUACCGUAGUCGUCGUCUUUUACAACAGCGGCUGCGGGAGACGCAGAACACCUGGACGGCUCGGAAGGUCGAGGAUAUCCAAGGGUGCGCGGGCCUCAACGAAUGGAAGAAAUUCUUCGCUGUGAUCAAGGCUGUCCACGGAUCCACAGCUAAAGGGACCGGUCUUCUUAGCGCCGACGAAACUACCCUACUCACAGAGAAUACGCAAAUUCUGAACCGCUAGGCGGAGCACUUCAGAGGCAUUCUAACCGCUCCUUCACCAUCUCCGACGCCGCGACUGCCCGUCUACCUCGAGUGGAGACCAACACCGACUUCGAGCUCCUGUUCUCUCUACACGAAACCAUCAAGACAGUGCAGCAGCUCUCCAGCGGGAAAGCACUCGGAUCAGACGCGAUCCCUGCUGAGAUCUGCAAGCACGGGGGUCCUCAGUUUAUGGAACACCUGACGGUGCUCUUCCAGGAGAUGUGGCGUCAGAGAGAAGUCCCCCAGGACUUCAAGGACGCCAGAACCGUCUAUCUCUGCAAGCGAAAAGAAAAUCGCCAAAUCUGCGACAACCAACCCUUCCCUCAACAUCGCCGGACUAUUGGAACGGACGGGAAUCCUUGGUAG